GUUGUCGCAAACAGUGAAUACAGGGCUAAACAGAGAGACAUACAUUUAAGUUUCAAUUCUCGUGAUAAACAACUCAUGGGAAAUUACAAGAGCAUCGAAUGACAAGCUAUGCCGUGUGUCCAUUCAACUGACCAGGAGACUAAAAGAGUUCCAGACAUAACACCGACCACAAGACCAUCUACAAUAACGACCACUGACCCUUCCAGAGAAAUCGCGUGCUUGGAGAUUGGGCCAUCGUCCUCCGAGAAAAACUUUUCUUGCCCGAGUGACUCCACGAACAUUCACGAGGAAAUCUGUCACGUGGUUAUGAUCCCUAUAGUCACGUUGAUAGUGUUCGCGAACGUCGCUGUCUUCAUUCUCUCGGCAAAGUCCGGGCAUUUCCGUCUCCCCGGCCAGUGGUUUAUCGCUUCGCUGUAUAUCGCUGACGUACUUGUCGGCGUGACGUCCAUCGGGACGGUGGUGACCAGUACACACGAAAGCAGUCACAAUCUCUGCCUGAUGCGUCUCGGGUUCUUCCUCAGCUCCAUCGUCGCCACCAUCUGCUUCUUAAUGUUGAUCGCCGUCGACAGGUUUGUUGCAAUCACGCAUGCGCUGACUUAUCGGAAGCUGCUGACCCCACGAGUCGCUUACUUGGCGAUUCUAGUGACGACGAUUGCGUGUCUCUUGAUGGGGUUCGCCCCGCUGGCCGGCUGGAGCAGAAGCAACUAUGACGAACACUGUUCGUUCGCGUUCGUUCUGGAGCCUGAGUACAUCGUGGUCAUCAUGGUGGCCUCACUGCUGCCCAUCCUGGUCAUCCUCGUGAUAUACAUCUUCCUCUACAACAAGGCCAGGGUACACAUUCGAAGAAUCGAGUCUUUUAACAUCUUGGAGCAACCGCCGCGCCACCCUCAGUGGGUUCUCGGCAUGUCGGCACAGGGAUGGAGGUGCCUCCGGAAGCUGGUGGCGCUAGUGGGCUGCCUGAUCGUCACGUGGUCUCCCUUCAUCCUCGCCUCCAUCUUGGAUAUCUCCGAGGCUGACACGCCUUGCUGGUUGAAGGACGUGAUCAGCACACACUUCCUGGUCCUGGGACUGACCAACUCUCUUCUCAACCCACUCAUCUACACGGUAUGCACGCGAGAUUUUAAGCACAGCUUCCGGAAAUGUUUCGCUACUCGAAUGCAUGUCAACGAGACGGUCACGUGAAUUGCGAUCUCAAAAUGUUCACCUAUUGAAUAGCAUAACUGCAAUAAGUUACUUCAAUGUUCAAUAGAAUCAAACGGGAUUUUCACAAUGGAUAUAUGUAAGGUCUAAAGUGUGAAUUGACUGAUACAGAUCUAUAAUAAUGUGGCGAUUACGAGUCUUGAGUUCUUUACAGAUAAAAAAUCAUAAUGUUGGUAAAACAUCAACAACAACAACUACAAAACCAAGUCUUCAAAUAGUGAAGCAUUUCUACAAAGUACUCCUAUUCGUUCUGGUAGAUGCGUCAAAAGAAUAAAGAAACAGAAUUGCAGACUCUUUGAACUAUGUACUGUAAAGUAUCUAAAAUUAUGUUAACAUUUGAGAGAAGUAUUUUGAGUUCCGGAAUAAUCAUUUUGUGAAACUGAUGCGUUGUUAAUAAUAAUUGUGUUUUGAUUCGCUAGAAUAUUUAAAUCCUCAAAUAUAUGGACACAUGCAUUUAAAUGUGUAAGAUCAUCUGUAAUAAGAUCAUCUGUAAUGAGUUUAAUCAGAGUUACCCUCAUCUUUUGAACAAUACCAUCAAUUUAAAGAUUGUUGGCAGAUUUCUUUUUAGGUCAUUGCCAGCUUGCAUAGUUCUUUCUUUUCGGGCAUAAAUAAAAGCUCAUUUGACCGACAAAUCUUUGAGCAAAAAAAACAACAAAACAAAACAAAAAAAGAAAACAAAAAAAAACAUCGCAAAUGUCAGAAAAAAAUAUAUCUUUUAAAACUAAGAUGGUCGUUAUAUAUAUACCAUAUAGAUUACAAUACCUUCGUAACAGAAGAUUGAUAUUUGCGAUGUCUGCAAUAUUCGACCAAGAGCUACCUUCCAAUGCACCAAAACAUUAUGUUAAACUUGUGAUUGAUUCUAAUCAAUGAAAUAAAUUCACUACUUCUUCAUUAUAGUCAUGGCGAGUGUUUGCGUUUCUAUGGUGACAGGGAGAAUCAGCAAUUGGUUGGUAGCUAUGCAGUGUGAAUGAUGAAAUGUGAGCGGCUCUGUCGUUAGCUGUAUACAAGAGAUGAGUCCAGUAUGCCAGAGUGUAAAGAUGUAUUUUUGUAGUGAGUUAGAUUUUGUUCAAAACACUUUUUUGUCUCUAUUGUAAUAAAAGUUUUAUUUUGUUUCGUUCACAAAGAAGUUACUCAAGUUAGUUCCAGUUUUAUAAGUUAAGAUAUAAUACGCCUACAGCGGUCUAGUUGUCUACCAGCAGUUUGGUGCUACAAGUCAACGACUGUCAACAAAGGUUCUCAUUAUUAUAUUGGAUGGUUAAUAAGAACUAGUCUAAUAUUUGAGAUGAACUGCGCUGUAUUUUGAGAUGUAGCAGUUCUCCAUAUAGUUUAUCGUCUAUAGAGGUAUGUUGGAGAUAGUGCCUUGUUCAAUGGAGAAAGUAGCUUUAAAUAACGUUUUUUUCGGUGUUAUUUUGCAUAGUAGACAGAAUGAGUGUGUUCGGAUCUUUUUUGAAAUGUGAAAACAUUCCUUAGUGCUAAAGUUUCUAUGAAGAUUCCGAAAGUGUUCACAGUUGACUCUGCUGGUUGGUGAACUUAUGUUGUAUACAGAUAAGUUUAUUUCUUCAGCAGGGAAUGAUAAGAUGUCUGUAAGAAACAUAUUUGCCCCUGUGGUAGGGCAAUGUGCAUGCAACUAUUGACGUGAUACAGAUUGUAUUUUAAAAUUAUGUUGUGGAUGUCAUUUUAACGUCAUUAUUUUAAAUAUUCCAUACACUCGAAAGAAUCAUACAAGCAAAAAAUAUAUUUAUAUAUUUAAAUUAGGUUUCUUUG